CUGUAAGCGUAAGGUUGUUUCCCUUAGUUUAAAUCGGGAUUUAUAUUUGUUUAACAAGAUAAACGUUGAUAAGAUAGCCGCAUUUAUCUACGAGAAGACAACAUUUUGACAGUACUUGGCCGAUACUGGCGAAUAUAGAGUAUUUGUGCAAACAAGAAAAUUUAGAAAACAGACAUUUACAAGAAAAAAGUGUAAUGGCCGCCAAAGUUGAAGCUGUGAUAGAGAAAAGCUGCCUCACUAUAGGAGAGGGACCACACUGGGACGAACGGACACAAACCCUGCUCUAUGUUGAUAUAAAUGAUGGUUCUGUCCAUAGAUGGUCACCUGAAACCGGAAAAGAUGAAAAACAUAAGUUUGACACAUUUUGCUCUCUAGUGGUUCCAUGUAAAAAAGGUGGCUAUCUAGUUUCCGUUGGAAAUUCAGUCUGCCAUUUUGACUGGGACACAAAGAAACUGACAACUCUACAAACAGUUGACGAAGGAAAAGAGACGAGAAUCAACGACGGAAAAUGUGAUGCUUCUGGGCGACUCUGGUUUGGUACUAUGGGCUUGGAGAAGACCCCGGCUGUAGUGAACAAACACCAAGGUUCCCUUUUCAGCUUAGAAAUCGAUGGUUCUGUAAAGAAACACAAAGAAGGGGUCAGUAUUUCUAACGGUCUUGCAUGGACAGCUGACAAUAAAACAAUGUACUAUAUUGAUUCAAUUCCAAGGAAAGUGUUCGGCUAUGACUUCGACAUUAAAACUGGCACUAUGAGUAAUGAACGUGUAGUUGUAGACCUUGGCGGAGAGGACACGAUCCCGACGUUAGGUUUUCCCGACGGGAUGACGAUUGAUACAGACGGAAAGUUAUGGGUCGCUUGUUUCUUCGCCGGAAAAGUGUUCCGCUUCGAUCCCGAGACAGGUAAACAGAUCGGUGCAAUUGAUGUUCCAGCAAAAAGAACUACCUCAUGUUGUUUCGGAGGAAAGAACUUUGAUGAGAUGUAUAUCACGUGUUCUCUAUAUGGUGUCACCGAGGAUGAGCUAAAGGAAACUCCGUUAGCUGGCUCGGUAUUUCGUGCCACUGGACUUGGCGCAAAAGGCACACCGGCACCGGUAUAUGAAGGGUGACUAAAAAGACGGAUAUUCCAUGAAAGUAAAUACUGAACAAUAUUGUUGAAAUGGUAUUUGAAUGAACGAACUAUAUUGCCAUGAUUUACGAACUUGAUAGUCCGGAAGAGAUUAAUCAAAACAUUUGGUUUCCUAUGGAUACAUGAUAGUUAUAAUUUUGUGUUUCAAAGCUUCGAAUCAGGAUUAAAUGUGCAAGAUAUAGAAUCUAAUGCGUUGAUUUUGUUCAAAUAACAGACAACUGAAUUAUUCUCUGCUAUAGACGAAAUAUCUUGACCCUGCAUAAACCUUUUUCUAUGUAACCUAGCUUCUAGUGAUGAUAUAAACACUUCAGUUCAAACCUUACAAAUGACUUCUUGCCUUCUUCCCACAGCGUGUUUGUGCGAUAAGAUAGCAUAUGUCUACUUCACUUGAUGAUAAUUUACAAGGACAUAGCUUAAAUAAACAAAGAAAUUAACGUACAAGGAUAUUAAUCAUGCACAUCA